CACCUUGCCCUCUACAUUGACCCUCUCGCACGUCCGAGCACCCACACAACUACAAGAUGCCCAGCGACAGCAGCAGGUACGGUCCGUGGCAGACGACGUCCUCCGGUACGAACAGCCAGGGAAACAAGUGGGACAAGCGCGACUACGGGUAUGGUGACAACACGUACCACUAUUCGAACAAGGACGGGAGUUAUCAUUACAAGAACCCCGAUAACUCGACUUACACCAACAACAGGCGAGGCUCUUCGACGUACACCGCGCCCAAUGGGAACGUAUACAGGAAGUAGCUUAUCGACGGCGCAGUCCUUGAAUCUGUAAUGCUGUACAAUAGUGACGGGUUCUCAAGCGCCCAAGAGACAGGCGAAUCAACCUGCUGAUCCCUUGGUAGUG